CGACCGCGUUCUGAAAUUAUAUCUUUUUCUUUAAAAAAAUUAUUUUUUGCGAGAAAAUAGGGGCCUGCGAGGUUCCAUCCCUCUCGACCUGCACUCCCCCGCGACUCUCUCGAUAUGGAAGCGUUGAACCGGAAACUGCUCUUCUUCUUCGCCCAAAACCCUCAUCUUUUGGAAACCUCAAAACCCUAAAUCCCAUCCUUUUUCUCGUUCAUUAGUUUAUCCCUCGAAUGAUAUUUUCAGGCCUUUCAUCAUUGCCGCAUAUUCUCUGGGAAUCGCUUCUUUUGAUCCGUUUCCCAUUCUUAGGGCAUCCAAUCUCGAAUUUAUCCUCUUCUUGAUUGAUUUCAAUUUCCUUCUCAAGGACGCGAAUCGUUUAUAAAACCUUCUUUCCUUUGGUCAUUCAUGGGUGGGGAAAAACUGAGAGAAAUAUAGCUUGGAGGGCAAAAGUUUGAUUUUUUUUUGGAAGCAAUUUCUUAGUUCUUAGCUAAAUCCCGGUUUUGCAUCAAUUGAAUCGAGUAUUUGUAGUUUGUAUCAGAUUGUCCUCGAAGUUUUGCUCUGAUUAGUUUAAUUAGGGAGGAAAGUUAUUGAAUGUGAAGCCUUUUUCCCUUUUUAGGGACAAAGAUGAAUUCUCUCCAACUCCAAUCCUUUCAGGCCUCUUCCAUUUCCUCAGCAACCGACCUCCCUGGCCUUUUUAGGCUACAGAGGGCGAGGAGGGUAUCAUCAGCUGGACUCCGUAUUCCGCGCGUUUCCUCAUGUCUCGCUUCGGAAACAAAGAAGAAGGCAGAUCCUUCAAGCUCUGGGAAGCCGGUAUCCAAGGAGACCAAAGAGGUCAUGGAGACAGAAGGGAGCGUCUUUGUGCGGACAUAUGCUCGAGCACCUUUGGUGUUGAAGAGCGGCAGAGGAUGCAAACUCUAUGACGUUGAUGGAAGAGAGUAUUUGGACAUGACGGCUGGGAUCGCGGUCAAUUCUCUCGGGCAUGGCGACCCGGACUGGGUGAAGGCGGUGGUCGAGCAGGCCAAUACUCUUACUCAUGUCAGCAAUGUCUUCUACUCAGUCCCUCAGGUGACACUUGGAAAAUGCCUGGUGGAGUGCUCUUUUGCUGACCGUGUUUUCUUUUCAAACUCUGGGACAGAAGCAAAUGAAGCAGCUAUAAAAUUUGCUAGGAAAUUUCAAAGAUACUUACAUGCUGAUGAGAAGCAUCCUGCUACAGAGUUUAUUGCUUUUACUAAUAGUUUUCAUGGAAGGACGAUGGGUGCACUUGCCCUCACUAGUAAAGAACAAUAUAGGCUACCUUUUGAACCUGUCAUGCCUGGGGUCACGUUCAUAGAAUAUGGGAAUAUUGAAGAAUUCAAGAAAACAAUAAAAUCUGGCAAAACAGCAGCAGUUUUUGUGGAGCCUAUUCAGGGUGAAGGUGGAAUAUAUAGCGCUACCAAGGAUUUUUUGCAGACGCUGCGUACAGGCUGUGAUGAUGCAGGAGCUCUUCUGGUUUUUGAUGAGAUCCAGUGCGGGUUAGGCCGAACAGGUCACCUCUGGGCCCAUGAGGCAUUUGGUGUGACACCUGAUAUAAUGACCCUUGCCAAACCCCUUGCUGGUGGUCUACCAAUUGGUGCUGUCUUGACAACUGAAAGGGUUGCAGCUGCCAUAAGCUCUGGGGACCAUGGAAGCACUUUUGCCGGUGCGCCUCUUGUAUGUCAUGCUGCCCUUGCAGUGCUGGAUAAAAUCCGAGAGCCCAGCUUCUUGGCUGGUGUAACCAAGAAAGGCCUCUACCUCAAGGAACUAUUGAUUCAGAAACUGGGAGACAGCCAACAUGUGAAAGAAGUGCGUGGACUUGGGCUUAUUGUUGGGAUUGAGCUCGAUGUGCAAGCUUCUCCUCUUGUCGACGCAUGCAGGGAUGCUGGCCUUCUGGUUUUGACAGCUGGGAAAGGAAAUGUCAUAAGGCUGGUACCUCCACUGAUCAUAUCUGAGAAGGAGCUGGAGCAGGCAGCUGAAGUUUUAAGGGAAUGUUUGCCUGUACUUGAUGCUAAUAUACCAAAUUAAGGGAUAGACCCGGCAGGCUUGUAGAAGUUCUGUAUUUUUAAUUUGGUUUUAUUCUUGGGAGGGGAGGGAAUAUGCAGUGCAGAUGGUGGAAACUGAACUCUGAUCCAUGGAGUGACCAUUGUGAUCCUAUGCAUCCUAGUUGACCAUAUGAUUAUGGCGCUAAAUAUGCAAAUGAAGUAGCAAAGUAUUAAGAAUCCUAGUAUGUUAAUUCUACAGAUGAUUAUUCAGCCAAGUAAUUGCUGGUACUUGACAUUUGUGGUUGAUACUUUCAGCUUGAUUUAUAUGUGCUAGCACUCGUGAUGUUAAUAUGUAA